CCUUACAACUUCCACCUUCUACUUUUCACCGCAUCCUUUCCAGCAGCUCUCCAGUCCUCGUGCCCGGGCACCCACCCAGACCGACUUCUCGAGUCGAGGUAUUGGACAGUUGUUGUCCGAACGCGCAACGUUCUAUGCGAUCCACCGUGUCCACCGUAUUAUUUGCCGCUGCGUUUAACAAGUUUUCCUCGCGCUCUACGGACACCCGCGACCUUUCCACGGUCAUUGGUCGAUUUUUUUUAUUAUUAUUUUCGUUUUUUUCUUUCGUUCGUUUCCAUUACCUGCGUCAUUCGCGUUCGGACCAAUCGUGUGUCGAAUUCCGCUUCAUCGGGAGUAAGAACGAUCAAUCGCGGUCUUCGGAGCCCGAUCAUGAUUGGGCUUUUUUCCAAGUGUUUCUCCAUAAGAAAACCAUUGAAUCCGUCACGUGCCAAUUUAGAAGAGUGAACAUGGAAGACCGACUGUCAACGUUCGAUCGAGUGAUCAACAGUGUUUUGAAUAAUUAACGGAGUGGUGAUCAAGUGCGGCCGAAGACAUACGGAUUCGUUUAUUUUACCACAAUGCGGAUUAAGAACUGAUCGAGACACGUGUCCCGGUUGUACAACGAGUGGACGAUAUCGUCGUCGAGAAUAUACGGUGCGAGUGAUAACUUAAUCUAGUCUAAUUAUACGGACAGUUGGACGUUACGCGUUCGUAUCGAGGGUUCGACAACGGUGUCUCGGUUUCAAAUGAACCCGGUUAACAACGUUCGAACAUCUGGAGUUUCGAUGUACACGUAUGUAACGUAGACGCCAGUGAUUUGUCAGUGUCAUAAUCAAAGUUCAGUGUGAAUUUUCAUUAUAAUGAACCCACCACCUGAAGAGCAGCUGGGUAGCUCGACGAACGAACAAGGUGACCCUCGUGAACGGGGUAGAAAAUUCAUGGCAGUGCUAAACGGACUGAUCAGAAACCGUGCCAAAAUAGGUGGUCAGUAGUAGUGACAUUCCCGACCGACAGUUCGACGGACUUUUCUCAUUCAUAUUCCACGAUUCUGUAAUCGAAGUGAUGCGAGAAAUUGAAAAUAGUGUUCGGAACGCAGAGGGACAAUGAUGCCGGUAUUCCGUCGCGACAAUAUUUCAAAGUGACCUCCUCGAUGUACCAGUGCUUCUUCUCGUCCGGCGAAGAAGCACCCUCUUAAAAAUCCCGUCGACAAACUCGAUAUCGGAUCCGAACGAUCUUCAAACAGUCGAUUAGCAAAGCUGGUGUGAUCCGGGCGCUCGUCGGGUAUCAUGAGGUAGUAAGGUGGUCAUUCGUUGCAGAGUUAACAGAUAAAGUGAGCACGCGUUUCGCGCCCUGUACGCGCUGGACAGAAGCGCGUCGGGGUUGGGGGUGGUCGGUGGAGUCGGUGGAGUCGGCGGAUCGGUCGGAGUCGGGGUAAUCGGUAUCUGCGGACCGGGUACCGGAACAAUCUGUACGCCGACGGACUACGUCACCGCGGGAUGCUACCCACCACCGAGUUCGACGCUAUCGAACAAUCUGAGCGUCGUGCACCCCCCCCAGCCCUCGAGCAUCUGCAACGUUGACCAAACACCAAUGACACCGACGUCGGCACCGGCACCUGCCGCCGUCGCGGGGCCAAAUAACGCCGUCGCAAUGAGCCAACUCGGUACGGUUUACGCUACCAAAAGGCGGAGGAGGAACGGCAAAAGUUUGAAGCCUCCCCAGAAGGAUGGGGUGACGAAAUCCAACCCCAGCAAGAGACACAGGGAGCGUCUGAACGCCGAACUGGACACCUUGGCCUCGUUGUUGCCCUUCGAACAAAAUAUCCUCAGCAAACUCGACCGAUUGAGUAUCCUCAGGCUGAGCGUGAGUUACCUGAGAACUAAGAGCUACUUUCAAGUUGUUAUGCACAAGGACAAGGACGAAAGCGGUCAUCACGAUUCUCAUUACAGAGCACGCGAACUAGCGGCGUUGGCUGCAUACGAUCACCAUCACUUAGACGGGGAAAUGUUCCUACAGGCCCUCAACGGGUUUCUCCUUAUCCUGACGUGCGACGGGGAGGUGUUCUUCGCUACGCACAGCAUCGAAAGUUACCUCGGCUUCCAUCAGUCCGACAUCGUGCACCAGAGCGUCUACGAAUUGGUUCACAGCGAGGACAGGGAAGAAUUGCAAAGGCAACUGAUGUGGAAUUCCUUCCUACCUACCGAAAGUGCGGGUCUUCCUUUAAACGACGCAUUAGCACCGCAACACGGUAACCUCUUGGAACGAAGCUUCACCGUACGCUUCCGGUGCCUGUUGGAUAACACUUCCGGAUUUCUGCGGCUGGACAUAAGGGGCAGAGUAAAGGUGCUCCACGGUCAAAAUCGUAAAACGGAAGAUCCGCCGUUGGCGUUGUUCGCACUUUGCACGCCGUUCGGUCCACCCUCGUUGCUGGAGGUGCCGCAGAAGGAAGUAAUGUUCAAAAGUAAACACAAAUUGGAUCUCGCUCUCGUUUCGAUGGACCAAAGAGGGAAGAUGUUGCUCGGCUACUCGGACGCUGAAUUAGCGAAUCUCGGAGGAUACGAUCUCGUACACUACGACGACCUCGCGUACGUUGCGAGCGCUCAUCAAGAACUACUGAAGACCGGAGCUUCCGGCAUGAUCGCCUACAGGUACCAAACGAAAGACGGAAGUUGGCAGUGGCUUCAAACGAGUUCUCGUCUUGUUUACAAAAAUUCGAAGCCUGAUUUUGUGAUCAGCACUCAUCGGCCGCUCAUGGAAGAGGAGGGUCGCGAUCUCCUGGGUAAGCGAACGAUGGACUUCAAGGUGAGCUAUCUGGACGCCGGUUUGACCAACAGCUACUUUUCGGACAGCGACAGUUUACCAUCGUCGGGCGUUACCCCGUCUAUACCGGCCCAACCUACCCCUCAACGGGUCAAUCGUCGCUACAAGACUCAACUACGCGACUUCCUAUCAACGUGUCGUGGCAAACGUGCGAAACUCAGCAGUCAAUCGUCCGCCUCGCCGCCGGCCACCCCUACGGUAGCUUCCGUCGACUAUCUAGCGGCGGACACAAGUGCGGCGGCCGCCGUCGCCGCCGCUUACAGCAACCUCAACAACAUCUAUCCGACCCCGUACGCUCCCACGGCGGUAGCCGCCACCACGGAUCCUUCGUUGACAACGUACAUCGGACACACGGGGAACUAUCAUCAGACAUUGUACCCCGCCGGAGCGUUGGACAACCGGUAUCUGACGGCUACCGAAAAUCUCUUCCAGUACAGACCUCUGGGUUCCUACUAUCCCGAGUACCACGCUACCACCGGUGCUUACAACGGUUUCAUAGACGUUUCUCUUCCGACUUACGACCCCCACCAACUGACCUCGUCGGGGAAAGGGGCCGACGACAAGAUUUACUGUCAACAACUGGGCGACUCGCCCAAAUACGGAUACGUGGAGGCUCGACAUCAUCCCGGUAGCGCGGGGUCGCCUUACGCGGCCAGUCCGGUCGCCAGUGUUUCCGUGGUGCACGGACCCGGAAGUCGUCACUCCCUGGAAGGCGGUGCGUCCUCGAGUAAUUCCGCCGGAAGUUCGCCGGUGACCGGUGCCACCGGAGUGUUGACGCCGAAGAUGGAGGACGUCAAACCGGACGUUAUUUACGGCGGUGAAGCUCCCAGACAGACGGUACUCAUGUGGGGAGCGCCGCCCUCGAGGUCACCCCCCAGGAACAACGGGACUUACAGUCCGCCCGGUCAAACGAGCCACGUUCAGAGUGGCGGGGCUCAGAGCGCCGCCUCCGAUCCGUUGAAAUCGCUGGCGGAGAUGAACUCUGUUAACGGUACGGAUUGCAAGUGGAAGCAGACCUCGCCGAGCGCGGGACAGCCGAACAAUUCGGCGGGGUCUUCCAGUCCGACGAGGAAUAAGGGACAGCAACAGAGCCAGCACGGUCAGCAGCAGCAGCAGCAGCAGCAGCAUCAUCAUCAACAGUACGCGGUCAGCGCGGCGCACUACGCCACGUCCGGAUAUCCUCCUCAUCCUCCCCAUCCAGGCCACGGGCAUCCGGAGGGAGGAGCGGAGGUAUGGCAAGGAGUUCAGCACCACCAUCAUCACUACCAGUACUAUCCUCCUUACCACCAUCACCAUCACCAGCACCACCAGCACCACCAGAACCACCCCGCACCGCCCGCGACCAGGCACGCAGCACAAUGUGCCCCCCACACGUCACCGGGGGGCGGAAUUGCCCCCGGGGUAAUGCUGGGGACGUGCAACAACAGUCUUCAACAGAUGCAUCGGGAAACGGUCACCGGCAACACCAACAACAACAACAGCAACAGCAGCACCAGCACCACCACCAUCACCACCAGCAACAACACCACCACCACCAGCAGCAGCACCACCAGCAGCAGCAGCACCACCAGCAGCAGCAACAACACCAGCAGCAACAGCAUCACGUCCACCAGCAUCACAACCAGCAGCAGCAACAGCAACAACAACAACAACAACAACAACAACAACACCGUAUCCUACCAUCCGGGGCACCACCAUCAUCACGUUGUGGGUCAAAUAAUGGGCCCGCAGAUCCAAAGCCGGACACCGGGAGUCCUUUGCUGUCCAUCUCUGAGGUGACCAACACUCUGCUCAACCAGUAGUGGACGAUAGCUAUCGAUUACGGGGGUCAAAAGACCGCCGAUGUGCAAAUGGAUGGUUUUUGAUGGGUAUCGUUGUGCCGAAGAGACGCUGGAGAUAAAACGCCGUGGAGGCUUCUUCUGGUAUCAAGAUAACAAGUAAAAUGUUGUCACCUAAAAUUAUCCGCAGCUACAUUACUUCCCAUUCGUAACCCACGACGGUAUGCGGAAUUGUAAAAUAUAUUUAAUGAUAUUGAAUUGAAUAAUCGAAAGCAACUCCGAGACUCAAUCGCGAUACGAUGUAAGUAUACAAAAUUACCAAUCAUACAAAUCGUAUAUGAUAUGAAAUAAUGCCUUAUCCGAUCGACAUACGUACGUUAUGAAUAUACAUAUGUAUAGCUACACUAUUCUAAAAAUUGGUACGUCUAAUCGGUAAUUAAUGCCUGUGAUUUCGAUGGAGGAUUUCACAAAGGGACAUUAAACCUUUGCUGCAUAACGUUUCUUUCUUAACAUUAAGGUCCUGGUGGAAAGCUCCAAUAAUAUCGGUUAUCGUCAUAAUCUUAUAAUCAAAACGAUGGGGUUAAAUAAUCGACAAAAACUUAAUCGAUCUAUUUAUACGUACACAUAUAGGGUAAUAUUAUCAAAUUUCGGUAGAAGCACAAACUUACUGUACCUAAAUAUCCGAAUAAAAAUUAAACGCAACACUCGUAAUAUAAAUAAAUAAAUGAUUAAAUAAAUAAAUAAAUAUAUAAAGCUAUAGGUACAUAAUUUAUAAAUAAAGAACAAAUAUAUAAUAUACA